GGUGAGCGCCAGUCGCUGGCUUGAGAGAGAGGCGUGCGGUUCUCUGCUGCGCCUGAGUUGAACGCGCACUCGGCGCGUGCGCCAACCGUUCCAUUUUCAAACAUUCAAAUUGUAAGGACUAAGUGACAGUGACCGGAAAACUUGUGUUCAAAAGGGUACUUCAAGUGUUUUAUCUAGACGUUAUUCAGUGAGUGUUCUAAACGGAGAUUGUGAGAAUUUUUCUCGUUAUUUGACACACAUAUGACGUGAAUAACGGUGCGAUCAGACUUGAUCGACUCGCUAAAAUCGAAGUGUUAGUGUUUCCUACAGCAGUGUCGGAAUUUUUAACGGACUUGCUUAAGUAAAGUUUGUGAGCGGUUUUGUGGCGUUCUUCUCUCAUUCAAGAGCGAUGUCUCGGUGGAAGGGCAAGCUGAGGUAGCCGGCAGAUGGCAGCAGCGCCGGCGAUGUUCCGGCCGGGGCCACUGGACCCCUGCUACGCUCAAAGGAUAUAUGAUACACCGGAGAGCACGAAGACGAAGAAAUGGUCAUCAAAAUUGAAACUGAAUACUUCAGGGAGUGUAAGAUCAUCAGAAAAAUCACCAGAAAGCCCAUACAUGUAUGGAACCAUCAGUGGACCCAGUGGAUCGGCUUUAUCCAAGUCCAUGAAGUACGCUGAAACAUGGCUGUACGGGUCCGUGAGGACCCAAACCCCACCGAUGCGACCCAGCGUCUUCUCAGCGUAUCCGGAAGUACCUGGCCCUGUUCUAAUAAGUACUCCUCAAAAACCAACACCUCACAACUACGCUGUAAUACUAUGUUCCUGUCCUGAGUACCUUAAUGGUACAAAGAAAACCAGCUCUACCAAAGUCAGUAUAUGUAAGAAAUGCAAGGGAUCUCGUUUACCUUUAACAAUAGCUGAAAGCCCGCGGAUGUUAGUGGGAGGCACAGUCAGGGGACAUCAAGUAAAUAGAGAUGCUGGUUUACUUAGAGCUGGGACGGUCAGGGUUCAGGGAUCCAAAGCGAGACCUUCUAUACUUAAAUCCAAUGGAGAUAAUGAUCCUUACGAUUUGAUGAGACGAAGUCGGUUAGCACCUCCACAUGAAGCUCGUAUCGGAAGUCAAUUCUCAACGACUCGUUCACGGGCUAAGAGUAUCAGCCCAUGUAGAGGAAAAAAUAGAAAACCGAGUCCAGAAUCGCAACGUAAAAUUAGAAGUAAAUCUGUUAGUAGAGUCAAUGAAGUCUGGGUUGAUGAAGAUAAUAAUGCAAACGCCAAUGAUUCUAAGAAGUCUAUUUUAUCAUGUGACAUCAACCCAUAUGAUCUGGUUAAGUCAAGUGGUCGUUUAAAAUCACUAGUAGAAAUAGAAUUUGAUGAUGAUUAUGCUGAUAUGUUUCAAGAUGCACUUAAAGUAGGUAACCCUAGACCACUGAGUAAAUCCAAGUCAGAUACUAAUGUUAAAGCUAUUGGUGGCCAACGAAUUCGUAUAUCAGAUGAAUCAAAGACUUACGCUAUACAAGAUACAACUUCUUACGACUCCUUAAACUGUGAUCUCAAAAAUUUUGAAAUGAAAACUCAGGAAAUACCUUCCUUAUUACCAAAUAUUAAAACUGAGAGCAAUAAAUCGUUGCCUAUAAAUAAAUCCAUUAAUAAAAAAACUAUAAACUUAUCUUCCGCAAAUCGUACAAAACAGAAAAGUGUUUCUCCAAAACGACCACCGAGAAGAGUACGGAAUGCAAGAACCGACGAUGAUAGUGAAAGUGACAACCAACGUCUACCAGAACGUAACUAUGUUAGAAAAGCACCAGAUAACUCACGAAACCAAAAAUAUAAAACAAAUAACUCUGAAAAUAUAAAGUCGAUACUAAAAAAGCCAAGAAAUUACGAUUUAUUCAUGGCUACGCCAAAAUCAGAAACAUCUGAUGAAUCGUCUGAAAAGAAACGAAGCAAUGCUUCACAGUUCUAUCUUCCUAAGCCAAAGGAGAAAGGUUUUACUACAGCACAGAAUAUGUUACAACGAAAACGUGUCCAGUUUUUAGUAGAAAAUGAAGAGACAAAAGUCAUUUAUACAGCAGAAUUCAAUCUUCAAGAAAAUACGGUUAAAGGAAUACCAGGGGAUAUACCAAUAGACGUGGAAGACGACAUUGUAGCAGAAGGUGAUAUUGUCAGUCACAGUUUGACAGAGGUCGACGUUGAACUGGCUAAAUUAAUCACACAGAGCACAGGAAAUGAUCUAAGCCUUUAUGAAGACGUACGAGUGAAUAACAAUUUUGGAGUUAUUGCGGAAGACACCAGCCCGGUUGAAACCAAUGUCUUUUCAAAUAAUGGGACGAGCUCAAUAGAAGAAAAUGUAGCAGAUAACGACGUACCAAAAAUACCUGUUCUGCGUCGCUCAGAAUCAGAAAGAAUAACUUCGAUUAUGUCAGUUGCUCCUCCUAAAUUUCUGGAUACUAUGGCGUUGCGGCCCAAACCUAAACAUGGACAUACAAGUCAAGUCUUUUUGGGGUCUCCCAAUGAAUACGAACUAUACAAAGAGAAUCAUUUACGAAAUAAAUCGCCGCAAAUUAAUGAUUCUCAACUAGUUGAAAAUACUGUAUCUCAAAAUAAUGAAGAAUCAGGAAACCUAAGUGAUAAUAGUGACAUAACACAAAAAAUUCUAAGUAAUUUGCGACGAGGUAUAUCAGAAUCUCCUGAGCCGCCUCCUAGACUCAAAGUAAAGGAUCGUAAGUUAAAGAAAAAUAAUUACGUAAAAACUCGAUUUGUUAGGAAUAAUUCUACUAGUUCUACAAGCGACGAAUGGUCUGACGCAAAUGACAAUGAACAAAGAACUGUUUUACGAGUAAAACAAUUUGAUUCAGAUGAGGGCGAAGAACCCAAUACUUCAAUGAAAACAACAGAAAAUGAGCCUAGAAAAACAUCUAUUCAGAUAAGCGGUAAUGAAUGCUAUUCAACAAUGAAUGUCAGUAGCGACACGCCUAUUUAUCUUUCUUCAGUCGUAGUUAAUGACGAUUCAGGAAACACGUGUGAUACUUAUCAGACUGGGACCACAGUUACGAUAAGUGUUGGAACUCCUCAAAAAGAAAUAAAGAAAUCUAAGAGUCAGAUCUAUAUAGGAACGUCCUUGUCUAACCGCAGAGAAAAUAAAGAAGAGUUAAAUACGUAUGAAGAAUAUUACAAUGAAAAUCAAUCAAUCAAUUCUAACAAUACAUCUAAUUCAUUUAAUGACCUCAGUACAUCCGAUAUGUCCAAGAUACUAAAUGACCCCGUGCAAGCAGUCAAAUUAAACCUUGUUCCACACGUUUGUGGCAAAACCAAUAAUCUAUUAGAUAACAGUGUUGAAUCUUUUGAUCAAUCUCCGGAUGAGAAACAGUCACAAAAUGGAAAUUUUGUUAGUAAACUCUUUGACGAUCCAUUCUUUGGUCAUUUAGCAGAAGGUCUUGACUCAGGCUUAGUAAAAAAACUAAUAGAAAAUUCGCUUAUAAAACUUCAAGAGACUAAACACCAGGAUGGGUCAGAAAUACAAGAAAUUACUAUUGGAAAAUUGAUUGAAAGCUCUUUAAAGAAUCUCAAAGAAGAAAUUAAUAAAAGAGAAGAGACACAAGUGGAUAAUAAUGACAACGAACAGAAUAGCGCCAGAGAUGACGAGUCGGACAAGAAAGCAGCCGACACGUCAGCUUGUCUAGAAAACGACGACAACGGCUGCUCUGCUCCCUAUGAAAGUAUGGAGUAUGAAAGCGGUGCUAUGGGAGUAUUUUCAGAUCUUGAACCUAUGUCAGACUGUUAUAAUGCGUCCGCGAGCGAACUUUCUACGGAAGAUGAUACCACCUCAACAAGAUCUAAAUUUUAUCAAAUGUUAGUAGAUGCUGCGCUAUGCGAUAUUGAGAUAGCAAGCAACACUGAUGAUGAUCAUCAUUAUGAAUCAAUCCGUCUCAACAGUGAUCCCAUUUAUGAAGAAAUUGGUGAUAUGCCACCCCCAUUGCCAGUUAAUCCUCCUCCUACAUCAUUAUCAAUAUUAGACGAAGAGAAACGAUCUGGUUCGCGGUCGAUUUUUGAAGGAGCAUCAAAAUAUGAUAUUUUAUCCUAUUUGGUUGAUGCUAAAGAAAGAGGUAUCGAUGACGAAGAUACGUAUAUUACCAGUUUCGGCACUGAAAACGAUUCACUGAAUCAAUCCAAAGACAAGCUUAUUAGUUCAGAAAUAAAUGCGCAUCUAAGUAGUAAUACAAGCCAGCUAUCCAACGCAUCCGAUUCGAGUGAAGACAAUUCAUUAAUUAUUAACCAUGAGAGUAUUGAAAAAACUCUUGUUUGUAAGAAAACAUCCGCUGAAAUUGAAAGAAACGAUUCUGGUGUUGGUUCAGAAACAAGUAAGUCAUCUAGAAGUCGACUACAGGGGAAAAUAUCACCGUGCAACACAUUGACGGAUAAGGACACUCCAAUACAUCUCUGUGAAGAUUGUGACACUACGGUUGAGACGCAAGUUACAGAACAAGGUUCUUUAUAUGCUCCAUUGGUAUGCCGAAAAUGCGCGAAGAAACGGGCAGAGAGAAAAGAAAUCAUAACGGAAAUCGUAGAGACUGAGGAAAAGUAUGGGCGGGAUUUGCAAAUUAUUCUUGAGGAGUUUUACAAACCCAUGUUGGUUGCGGGCUUACUUAAUCAAGAACAAUUAAGUGCAAUUUUCCUUAAUGUUGAAGAACUUAUUGAAAAUAAUCAAGUGUUAUCUGAAAAGUUAAGAGAUGCUCUCGAAAUUGCGGUUGAUCAAGGAGAUGAGGACUUAUUGACAGUCAACGUGGGGAAGAUACUUCUUGAGUGUUCUGGCAUGCUGACGGCAUUCCAGUCAUAUUGUGUGAAACAAGCGGGCGCUGCACUUCUAUUAGCGGGCCUUGAGAAAGAUAAGGAACUUCUUCGGAUAUUUUUGCGAGUCUCACAAAUGGAAAACACUGUUUUGAGGAGGAUGAACUUGAACUCUUUCUUAAUGGUACCUGUACAACGUGUAACAAAAUAUCCGCUUUUACUAUCCCGGCUUCAUCGUUCAACUGCCGCUUGCGCUGCUGAAAGGGAUGACGUGCGCAGCGCCCAGCGUUGUGUCGAGUCCAGACUGGAGGAGAUGAACGCAGCAGCGGCAGCGGCGGCGGCUGCAGCCAGAGACGUCCCCUUGUGGAGAAGACUUGCCGCGGCCAGAAGAACUGCACACGAUCUCCACGUUGCCGAUAUCAGGCUAAGAAAGAUGGCCGUUGAUGUGCUUGAUUGGAAUCAUGAUGAUGCAAGGUUCGCAAUGGAAGGGAAGCUGCUGUUCACCCAGCCGAAUGACAACAACUGGCGGAAAGGACGCACAAUCAAGCUGACGCCCAUCAACGCCCUUUUGGUAACUAAUGGAAAGCCAACGAUUACGCACAAAACGAACGAGAUCCGCGAAACCAGAGAAGCAAGAGAUCGCGAAGCGAGAGAAAGAGAAGGCGAUGCUCUAUUCGCACGGAGUGGAGUGAGAGAGGCGGCUCUUCUCCUAGUGAGAGAGAAGGCGGGGAGAUACACGCUGCAAAGAGAACCGCUCUUCCUGGAUAGGUGCGUGGUGGCUGCGGAUCAUGAGCCCGAACAUUUCUUCGAAGUUCACGAGAUUACUACUAAAGAUUCGUAUAUUUUCAAGGCAGAAGAAAGCUCGCGCACGCGCACUUGGUACCGGCAGCUGCAGUAUCACGCGCAGGGCGCCGGCACGUGGCGCAAGCGACGCAACGCGUUAGCCAACAUCAUGAUCAACCCGAUGCUUACUAGAAAUUAACUCGAACACCCUUCACUUCACUUAUUAUAUUUAUUCUUUUUUUGGACAUUUUCUGCUAAAAAGGUCAGAGAAAGAUGUAUACUGUGUCCUUGUCGACCUUAGCGGCAAGUAGUCUGCUAUCUGGAAAGAGUCCGGCGAAAAUAUAGAUGUACUUAAAAUUGUUAAAAUUUGAACUUUAAUAGCUGUCAAUAGAGUUUCAUAUUAUAACUGCCAUAUGUGGAUUUGUAUGCACAAAGGGUUAAGAAUUAAAAAAGUCCAAUUACUAUAACUUUCUCAUUAGGAUUUCAUAUAAUCCAGGUAGAAUUAUACAGAUCGUGAGGUAUUCUCCUGAUCCUCACACACCAAUCAUUCAUGCACGGAGAUUCACUUUACACAUUUACUUUUAUUUUAGUUUUGCCCAAAUGAUAACUCUGUUUUUCAAAGAAUUCGAAGUUUUUUGUAGCAAGUGGGAAUCUAGGUAUUACAAUCUUCAUGCUGACAUUGCUCACGUGUGAAUUGGUCAAUUUUUUACAGUCACUGCUCAUUUUUCUUUAAAACUUGGUUUAAUUACUGUUAAAAUAAAUUCACAUUUCCCUCUUAUAUAAAUCAGAGUCAAUUAAAAAUAUAGUUUAAAUAAACUAAUCGAAGUAUUUUAAGUUAUAUGCGAGGUAGAAGCCAUUUCCCAUAUAAUUGAAAAUUCCUUUAAAAUGAUAUUCCCGCCUUAGAAAUAUAGUUCUACUUCAAAAUUUCAUCAAUAAAUUGCUACAUGCAUUUAAGUUGCAUUUUAAUGCGUGAAUGCUCUAACUACCAUAUUUGUGUGGCAAAAAAAAAAUUAAAUUGUGGUUAUUUCAAAUACAACUUUUUUAAACUUACUUAUCACAUACUUAACUCAUCGGUUUUUGCCAUUCAAAAAAUGCAUUUCAUGAUUGCUUUUGUUAUAAAUAUACGUAGGUACUUAGGGAAAAUUGUUUGAAUCAAAAGGUUAUACUUAUAAGCUUAAACAUUCCUAUAAUAUUUCAUAAUUAUUUAUGUAUCGUUUAGUUCACAAAAUAAUUAUUGUUAUUUGUAAAUAAUGCUAAUAUCAUUUGCCAAUAGUUUUAAUGUUAGCUUUACACCAAAAUAUAGUUGAUGAAGCCAUGUACCCUAUAUUUAAAAAGUAGUUAUAAUUGUAUAAAAAAACUAAUAAUUUUGGGUUGUUUCAUAACAUUUCAGGCUUACCUUAUUUGGUUGAAAUAAAUCUAAAAUACAUAAAUAAUUGAGACCGAGUAAUGUUAUUGUACAUAAUAAACUUAAUAGCUGUGAUAUCCUUUUCUGUAAUCAAAAACUAAGUUGAAUAAUGCUUGUAUUUGUGGCUUCUUACAUAAUUAUUCCUAAAACUUUGAAUAAAAUUACAUAAUAACUACUUAACUAGUCUUAAGAAACGUGUGUAAUACAUAGGUACCUAUUUAAUUUAAGAUAAAGUUUUUAAAAUGGUAUAUAUUUAUUGUAUGUGUUAAAAUUAAGAAUUUUCAAUAUUUUCAGUAUCAUAUUAUAUGUAGAAAUUAAAUGAUCAUAUCGCCUUUGGAAUAUAUUGUAUUUUGUUACAUUAAGUUUAGUAGUGCAAACAUGAAAAUAAAUGAUGAAAAAUAUAA